GCUAUUUGUACACUUUUGUAUUGCUUUGCUAUCAAAGAUUUAAGAGGCUGAAAUUUCUUAUAAAUUUAUACUAGAGAAAUGAUUAGUUUAUUGGUGCCUUUUCUUGAAACAAAUUUUUGCUAAUCUAAAUUAUUUGUUUUUAAAAUCAUAUAACUUUUGAAACUUUAGUACAAUGCAGAGCUUUAACGUUUCAAGGUUACGUCGUUGUUGCGACAAAUUAUUUUUUCAUAAAAAAGAAAUACAAAAUCGCUUUUAUUCCAAUGAAAGUAAAAAUAAAUAUAGGAAUAUUUUAAAACUACAUGAAAGGGGCAUGUUUCAGGAUAUAUUUCCAGAUACAAGCGCCAAUCAAGUUUCAAAUCUUGUGAAUGAAAAUUCUCAAGCAGUUUAUGCUGGAUUCGAUCCAACAGCUGAUAGUUUACAUAUUGGUAACCUUCUAGUUCUAAUGAAUCUUUUACACUGGCAAAGAGGAGGUCACAGAGUUAUAGCUUUGUUAGGCGGUGCAACUGGUUUAAUAGGUGAUCCUAGCCAUAGAUUGAAUGAACGAAUAGCUAUGGAGCAAACAGUAAUAGAUUACAAUAUAAAAGGAAUCAAAAACGAUAUCAUGAAUAUAUUUCAUAAUCAUGAAAAAUAUUUUUGGAAAGAUAACAAUCUUCAGCUUAAGCCUUUAACAAUAAUAAAUAAUAUAGAUUGGUACAAGAAUGUUAAUAUUAUAGAGUUUAUCAGAACUGUUGGGAAACAUUUUCGAAUGGGAACAAUGUUAGGAAGAACCUCGGUUCAAUCACGUUUAAAAUCCGAUUCCGGGAUGAGUUUUACUGAGUUUUCAUAUCAAUUAUUUCAAGCUUAUGACUGGAUGCAUUUGUUGGAAAAUUACAAUUGUAGGUUUCAAAUUGGAGGUAAUGAUCAGAUGGGAAACAUUAUGUCUGGUCAUGAGUUGAUUAGUCGAACUUCUAAAAAAAGUGUCUUUGGUUUCACUUUACCUUUAAUAACUGCUGAAGGUGGUAAAAAGUUUGGAAAAUCUCUUGGUAAUGCAGUAUGGUUAGCACCAGAAAAAUCUUCAAGCUUUGAUUUGUAUCAAUUUUUUGUAAGAACCACAGACAAUGAUGUAGAAAAUUAUUUGAAAUUAUUCACUUUCUUACCUCUUAAACAAAUUGCUCAUAUUGUUAAAGAGCACAAAGAAAAACCAGAAGAACGGAAAGCUCAAAAAAUUUUAGCAGAAAAUGUAACAUUAUUAGUGCAUGGAGAAGAAGGAUUAGAAGCUGCAAAAACUACUUCUAUGUUGCUGUAUGAUAAGUCCAUAGAAUCUCUUUCAUCAAUGACCCAAGAUCAGGUUACUCAAGCUUUUGAAGGUUCUAAAGUUAUAGAUUUGGUACCCGAUGAAAAUAUGACGGUACUUGAUCUAGCAAUGAAAGCAGAAUGUUUUAAAACUAUGAAAGAUGCUAUCAGAAUUAUAAAUGCAGGGGGUUUCCAUAUAAACUAUACCAGAGUCACUGAUAUAGACAAAAUCAUAAGUGGUAAACACCGCUUAAAAAAUGAUGUGACUCUUAUCAGAGUUGGUAAAAAGACUUAUUUUGUGAUUAAGUGGUUACAAACAAAUAAGGCAGAUAAACCUAAAAAGUAUUCUAACUUUUAUUAAAAACGUCAAUUUUAUUAACAUAUAACUUGUUCAAAGUUUAAUUGUAAAUAGAUAUAAUACAUUAAUUACAGUGUCUCAGAUAAAAGUGUGAAUUUUUUAUAAACUCCUACUUUUUUUUUUUUAAAGUAAAUAAAAAUUUAACGAAUUUAACCACCA